UUGAAGAACAGAGCCAUGGCAAUGUCUCCCAUUGUUCUUCAUAUUAUUCUCAUCUACCUCCUCUGCUCUACUUGUUGCGGAGUCGAUGGUGAUCUUGAAGCGCUGCUCAAACUCAAAGCCUCCAUGAUUGGGAAAAAAGGUUCGGGCCUCGACGACUGGAAAACGACGUCGUCGUCAUCGUCCCACUGUCUGUUUACAGGGGUUACAUGCGACCGGGAUUUCCGAGUGGUGGCGCUCAACGUGUCGGGGAUGCCUCUGUUCGGGACAGUUGGGCCGGAGAUUGGGCUGCUCACUAAGGUCGUGAACCUCACUAUUGCCGACAACAACCUCACAGGGAAGCUUCCGGCGGAGAUUGGCAACCUGACGGCUUUGAGGCACUUGAACAUUUCCAACAACUUAUUCGUCGGGAAGUUUCCCGGCGAAAUCACGCGGCGGAUGACGGAGCUGGAGGUCCUCGACGCCUACAACAACAACUUCGACGGCCCACUUCCUGUCGAGCUCAUCGAGCUUAAAAAUCUCAGACAUCUUCAUCUCGGCGGGAACUACUUCACCGGUCCAAUCCCCGAAAACUACUCCGAGAUUCAGAGCUUGGAGUAUUUAGGCCUCAACGGAAAUGGGCUCACCGGAAAGUUCCCGGUCAGUAUAUCUCGUUUGAAGAAUCUCAAGGAAAUGUACGUAGGCUACUACAACUCAUACGACGGCGGAAUCCCGCCGGAGUUGGGGUUGUUGAGUUCGUUACGGGUUCUCGACAUGGGCAGUUGCAAUCUCACCGGCACCAUUCCGACAACAUUAAGUAACUUGAAGCAUUUGCACUCUCUGUUUCUUCAGAUAAACCAACUCACCGGUUUCAUACCUCCACAGCUCUCGGCCCUGUCCAGCCUCAUGUCUCUCGAUCUUUCCAUAAACUUGCUCACUGGAGAAAUACCAGCGUCGUUUUCGGAACUGAAAAACAUUACCCUCAUCAAUCUGUACAAGAACAAUCUCUACGGCCCCAUUCCGAAAUUUGUUGGUGACUUCCCUAAUCUCGAGGUGCUUCAGGUGUGGGAGAACAACUUCACUUACGAGCUGCCGGAGAAUCUCGGCCGCAGUGGGAGGCUGAAGGAUCUCGACGUCGCCUCAAACCACUUCACCGGGCUAAUUCCGAAGGAUUUGUGCAAGGGAGGAGUGUUGAGAAAUUUGAUACUGAUGGAUAAUCACUUCUUUGGCUCCAUUCCUGAAGACCUCGGCCAGUGCAAGUCGCUUUGGAAGAUAAGAAUGAGCAGAAACACGAUCACGGGGACUAUUCCGGCGGGGAUGUUCAGGUUGCCUAAUGUGUCUAUGAUCGAGCUCAUUGAUAAUUACUUGUCCGGCCAACUUCCGGCGCAAAUGUCAGCAGGUGCACUCGGAAUCCUAGGACUCUCGGGGAAUCAGAUUUCCGGCGAAAUCCCAGCUGCGAUUGGCAAUCUGAAGAAUCUGCAGACGCUUUCUAUGGAGAUGAACAAGUUCUCAGGUCAAAUUCCAAUGGAAAUAUUCAAUCUGAAAUCAUUGGCCAAGAUCAACAUCAGUGCCAACAACUUGAGUGACAGAGUUCCCGACACAAUUUCACAAUGCUCCUCCCUAACUUCUGCUGAUUUCAGCAGAAACAACUUGGUUGGUGAAAUUCCAAAGGGGAUUGCUAAGCUGAAGGUAUUGAGCAUUCUCAAUUUCUCUGGAAACCACCUAACAGGUCCGAUUCCUCUUCAGAUUCGCAACAUGACCAGUCUCACAACUCUUGAUCUCUCCGAUAACAAUUUCAGCGGUAAACUCCCAACCGGCGGUCAAUUUCUGGUCUUCAGCAUCUCAUCCUUCGCCGGAAACCCCUUACUCUGUUUGCCACGCAGCGUGUCAUGCCCGAAAGUCCGAUCCUACAAGUCAUUUGGUACUUCCAAAGUGGCUCUUAUCAUAAUCGGGCUAUCUACUAUUCUGUUGUUCUUACUGAUCACAGUGUACAAAUUGAGGAGGGCAAAGUUUCAGAAAUCCAUGACUUGGAAGCUGACCGCGUUCCAACGGCUACAUUUCAGAGUAGAGGAGGUGCUGGAGUGUUUGAAAGAUGAAAACAUAAUAGGCAAAGGCGGUGCCGGAGUAGUCUACCGCGGCUCAAUGCCUGACGGCGUGGAUGUGGCAAUCAAAAGACUGGUGGGGCGGGGAACAGGGCGGAACGAUCACGGAUUUUCUGCGGAGAUAAAAACAUUGGGACGAAUCCGGCACAGGAAUAUCGUUAGGCUUUUGGGGUUCGUGUCGAACAAGGACACGAAUUUGUUGCUGUACGAGUACAUGCCUAAUGGGAGCUUAGGGGAGGUGUUGCAUGGGUCAAAGGGAGGACAUUUGCAGUGGGACAGAAGGUACAGGAUCGCCGAGGAAGCUGCCAAAGGCUUGUGCUAUCUCCACCAUGACUGUUCCCCUCUGAUUAUUCACAGGGAUGUUAAGUCCAAUAACAUCUUGCUCGACUCCGACUUUGAGGCCCAUGUUGCUGAUUUUGGGCUCGCCAAGUUCCUCCAAGACGCCGGAGCUUCCGAGUGCAUGUCUUCCAUUGCUGGAUCCUAUGGUUACAUUGCGCCAGAGUACGCAUACACAUUGAAAGUGGACGAGAAAAGUGACGUUUACAGCUUCGGUGUGGUCUUGCUGGAGCUGAUUGUUGGGAGGAAACCUGUUGGGGAAUUUGGUGACGGUGUGGACAUUGUAAGGUGGGUGAGGAAGACUACAUCGGAGCUCUCUCAGCCUUCGGAUGCAGCAGCAGUGCUGGCGGUGGUGGAUCACAGGCUCAGUGAAUACCCCCUUGCAGAGGUGAUACACUUGUUCAAGAUUGCAAUGAUGUGUGUCGAGGAUGAGAGCUCUGCAAGACCUACAAUGAGAGAAGUGGUUCACAUGCUCACUAAUCCUCCGCGUUCUGCUCCAAAGCUUCUCAACCUUUAGGUUUUAGCUACACUUUUGCUCUCUUCCUCUUCGAUAUUAUUGAGUAAAUAAGAAGUCUGCAUAAUGUGAAAUAAUUUUGUGCUGAGAGGUUGCCGUGUAACAAAGUUGAUGAACUCAACCUUUUUCAUUGAUACGGC